AUGCACGAGGGGUCCGAUUACAUCGAGUAUACGGAAAACACCCCGCUCGUGUCGGCUCCCAAGUCCGGUGGUGCCGUCCCGCGUGGAUCUACCCGCCGCGGAGCAACUCCCUCGGCCGAGCGCCUGGAUGAGCAGCGGGCGCCCGCCCGUUCGACGCGCCUGCGCGAGCCGAAGUGCAACUGGACGCCGGCUGCCGACAGCGCCGACGCCGACACCGACGCCGAUGCCCCCCCGAGCCAGCAUCACCACCACCAUGAGUGCCCCCGGCACUCGGCCGCCGCGCAGGCCCGCGGUGGCAUCAUGUACGAGAAGGAGUGGGACGCCGACGCCGACACCGACGCCGAUGCCCCCCCGAGCCAGCAUCACCACCACCAUGAGUGCCCCCGGCACUCGGCCGCCGCGCAGGCCCGCGGUGGCAUCAUGUACGAGAAGGAGUGGGAGUAUGAGGACGCCCCAUUCGACGGCCGGGCCCUGGCUGGCGAGACUCAGAUCCCCAAAGACCAGCUCCCUCCCCUGAAGCUCAACCCCGAUCGGCCCCUGUCGGACGAGGAGUUUGACAUGGUCGUGUCGGAGAUCCGAUAUGCCAUUGCACGUGGCGUCUACCCGGAGCGCAUUGUCCAGGGCUCCUCUGGGUCCUACUUCUGCCGGGACCGCUUCGGCAAUGUGAUCGCCGUCUUCAAGCCCCGCGACGAGGAGCCCUACGGCGCGCAGAAUCCCAAGUGGGCCAAGUGGCUCCAGCGCAAGGUCCUCCCCUGCUGUUUUGGGCGGAGCUGCCUCAUUCCGAAUGUCGGCUACAUUUCCGAGGCCGCGGCUUCGGCCGUCGACCGGCACCUGGGUCUGGGCAUUGUGCCCCGGACGCGAGUGGUCCGCCUGGCCUCGCCGACCUUCCAUUACAGUGCCUACACGCGGGCUGUGGCGUCGGCCGCGGCGUCGGCAUCGGCCGCGGCAUCGGCUGCCACGGGCAAUACCCCGCCCGAUGCGGCUGGCCGGCCGCAUGCCAGCACCGGUGCCGGGCGCCUGCCCCGGAAGAUCGGCUCGCUGCAGGUGUUCAUGCCGGGCUUUGCUGAUGCGCAGUUUGUCCUGGGCAAGCUGCCCAAUCCCCAUGGCGCGGAUGACAAUAUGACGCUGUUCCAGCUGCUCUUCGAGCGUCUGGUCAUUCUGGACUACCUGAUUCGAAACACCGAUCGUGGCAAUGACAACUGGCUCAUCCGCUACAAGCCGCAGGAGAUCAAGCUUGACCAGUGCCCAUACAAGAAGAAGUAUUGCCCCUCGAUGGCCAUCAUCAGCGAGCCCUGGAUGCAGUCGAUGUCCUCUCUGGAGAACCUGCCGGCAAAGCAAUCCACCGAGGCCAUCCGGCUGUCGAUCAAUGAUCCCGAGAACCCCAAUGACCACUGGGAGCCGGUGGACGCGCCGCCAGGGGUCUCGCCCGAAACCAUCACCGAUACCCAGGCCUUCCGGACGGUUAUCGAGCAUGUGAACCGGAUUUCGGCCCCCGUGGAAACGGCCCCAGGGAUGGUGCAGCAGCCGGUCAUCGGGUCCCGGCCGCCGGUGGCCCCACUAUCGACUCUGGGGUCGCUCUCCAGCUCGGCACGCUUCCGCCUCGGCCGCUCGGCCCUGCAGACGCCCUACCUGUCGAUUGCGGCCAUUGACAAUGGCCUGGCCUUCCCCUGGACGCACCCGGAGAACUGGCGCACCUACCCCUUCGGCUGGACCUCCACGCCCCAUGCGCAUGUGCCCUUCUCCGAGCCCACCCGCCUGCAGUUUGUCCCGCUGCUGGCUGAUGAGACCUUCAUGAAUCAGCUGGUCGAGGAGCUGCGCGCCAUUUCCCGCCUCGAGGGGGUGGCUUACAGCGAGUCGGCCUUCGCCGGGCAGAUGGCUGUCCUCCGUGGCCAGGCGGCCAACCUCGUCAAGGCCCUGCUCAAUGGAUAUACCCCGCUGGAGCUGACCCAGAUGCCGCCGCUGCUCAUCCAGCAGAGCGAUGUCAAGCCCGGCGUCGUGCGCCGAUACCUGUCCGAGCCCGCCCGUGCGCCCACCUUCUCCACUUGGUAA